AUGUCGACCAAAAAAAACAAACCCAAAUACAGUGAUUUACUUCAACUUGCUAAAAAACAGUUCAAAGAUGAAAAUUACUCAGGCGCGGUUUGUUCUCUAACUAGUCUUAUUGAUUAUCAAAAGUUUCACAAAAAUGAUCAAAUUACAAUUGAAGCAAAAUUUUGGUUAGCAAAAACAUAUGAAAAAGGUUUCAAAAAUAAAACAGACCAAGCUGUUCACUACUAUCAUGAAGUUUUUAAUAGUAGUAAUCUACAAUUCAAAGAAAAAGCCAGAGAUUGUCUUAUAAAUUGCUACUCUCAAGGAAUCGGUGUUAAAAAAGAUAUUGUAAAAGCUGAUGAGCUUUAUAAUGGGAAAUUUAAAAAUAAAUAA